AUGAGUUAUAUAUAAAGUACUCGUUACAGAAUAUUGAGAUUAUUUUGCUCAAACACAGCGUGGACAUCACAUUGGGUGAUGUUGCACAGAAUAUAUUUCAUCAUUGCUUUUCAUGAUGUUCUACAUGCAGCUGUUGUCAGAGAAUGGCAUCUUGGAAUGAAGAUAUCUACAAAUGGAUAUCUUGGAAUAAAAGAGUUUUACAACGAUCCAUGUAAAUGCAAUGAAACCAGCACGUUAGAAGAUUUGAAAGCUAAGGGAAGACAGCAUUAUAAGUCUUGCCUCAUGAGGUCAUUGAUUAAUGUAAUUCAGAUUCGAGUUGACAUUUACAAAAUGGAUGAAGUCAAAGCAUCGUUUCUGUUUGGAUCACAGUUCACGGAUUCAACUAAAUGGUUUACAAAGGGAAAUUUCAUCUCGUCCACUUACAAUGAUACAGAUUUAAGAAAUGACACAGUGAAGGUUUAUAUGAGUGUUGAAAACUCACAUCAUGCAUUUUUCCAAAUAUACCAAUACGUUCCUGAAUGCAACAAGCGGAGACGUUUCAUCUGGGUAGCCGAUCUAGCCCAGGCCUCGGGCUCCUGUAUACCUCGUUCUCAAGGUGUUUGGGUAUUAUUCAGUCCAAAUAAGACUCUAGCUGAACGAGAAGAACUGGAAUUAGCAGACUUCAUGGCGGUUUACAUCCUUCAAGAAAACACGUAUCUAAAUGAUGGCGAAUUAGGGGCAUGGAUGGAAGAGAUUAAAGCGAACCUCACUGUUCCCCAAAACACCACUUCUUCUUACAUCAGAAGUAAACUUAGUAUUUAUGAGAGUCGUACAUCUGCUGUCUCCCUUGGUUUAUGUGGCAUAAUGGUCAUUGCAUUCACAAUGAUUUUCAUAAUAUUUAUCGAUAUAUUCAAUGUAUGUAUAAAAAUGUGA